AUGCCUAAAAGGAGAAACGUCACGUCUAGUGAGCAGAAAAUACCUGCAAAAGAUGACGGUUCAGUUCCCGAGAGGCCUCUGAAACUUCGAAAACAGAAUAGGCCUUUAGAAGAUAAAGAGAUAUGUGAAAAUCUUACAAACGAGAGUGACGACAACUGUAGUGAUUUUGACGACGAUGUAGGCGAUCCUGAUUUUAUUUUAGAGAGCGAUCACAACACGGAAUCUGAACAAUCCGAUGAGGAUGAUGUUGACGUCACGUAUCCCCAUGUUGAGGAAGUUUACCACGGAGAAAUCAACCAUAAUCACGACAAUGAAGAACAGGAAAGAGAAGUACGAGCUCAUGGAAGCCAGGACAUUACAGAACAGAUCGGAAAAGAGACAAUAGUCGGAGAGGAACAGCAUGGUGCAGCAGAGACUAUAAUUGAAGAGAUCGAAGAGGAGCAGUAUAGCGAAGUAGAGACGCGAAAUGACCAGGGUAGUGAAGAUCUUAGAAUAGACCAGGAGCCAAAUGAAGAAUCAACAGGAGAGCUGCCGCGCUAUUUUUACGGGAAGAAUAGGUACAAAUGGGCAUCGGCGGAACCAUACCGAACAAGUCGAGUACGCGUGCACAAUAUUGUCAAUGCACCAUCUCAACAAUCUGAUGACGACAGUAUUGAAGUAUUGAAACCACCAGUGAUGAAGUCGCUUCACCAAAAUCAGAUAUCGCAUCAGUUGAAAGGUUUAGUGCGCUGUGAGCCUCAACAAGAUCGUAGUUUUAAACGCCGGAAAAACCUGGCUGUUUCCCAAAAUGUUGAUCGAAUGAUUGAAACUAUAGGCAAUAAAAUAUGUGAAAUAGCAGCGGAUGACAAGUUUGAUGCCUUCGGUAAAAACGUGGCACAUAAGUUGCGAUCUUUGCCUACAAAUCAACGCUUAUUUGCGGAAAAAAUUAUAAAUGAUGCUCUGUUUGAAGCCGAAUUGGAAUCUGAAUACAAGAAAACUUGGUUAAAUCUUAGAGAGUCUCACCGACGAGCUAUGAAGAAGCGUAAAACUAAGAGUGAUCAGGCAGCCCCGACGACGAAAAAGUGGACCUUUGAAGAUGAUAUGAGUUUUUUAGUACCUCAUUACAAAGAAAGAAAUACGAUCUCUUCGGUUGAUUAUGAUGACGAUUCAGAUGUUAGCUUGGGACUGCAACCAACAUCAGCAUUUAACUUUGACAACUUAGUAACAAGAAAUGCUUGUUUUUUGGACGAAUGUCGACUGACAGAUAACCAAUUCAAACAGUGGAAACUACUCGCAGGAGGACAAACCAUGAAUACAGAACAAAAAAGAUCACGUGUUUCCUACGAGCAGCGUGAAAAAAUGUUUGAAUUCAUGGUGGCGCAUCCCGAUUUUGCCAGAAAUCGGGUUGCAGGUGCAGAUGCUGCCCGUAGGAAAUUAAAACUGCAGACUGAACUAGCCACAAUUUUGAACAACUGUGCCACAGUAGCAACAAAAAGCGCCGAGAAAUGGAUAAAGUGUUGGCAAGACUGGCGCAGCGAUGUUAAAUCUAAAGCUGCCAAAAUCCGCCGUGCUCAGCAGCAGACUGGUGGAGAGCCUGAACCUGCACCCUUAUCUGCCAUGGAGGAAUCUCUAAUGGCAUUUAUUGCCCAGCAGCAGAGGGCCUUGCCGUUGCUGAUACCUUAG